GCAACGGAAAGAAACUAACAGAAAAGGAGAAAGGCAAAGCUCGCAAUGAAGACGAGAGAGGGCUAGAGAGAGAAGGGGAUGGGGGGUUCUGCCACCCUCUGAUCGCCUCACCAACCCGUCCAGCCUUCCCCUUCCAAGCGAGAAAGCCAAAAGUAAAGGCGAGCGAGGGAGGGAGAGGAAAACCCCCACCGGGAAGCCAGGCAUUCACCCCUCCUCCUCCUCCCCCAAUCCCACCGACGAGCUCGCCGCCCGGCCGGAGCCCGAUCCAAUCCGCCGCGCCGCCGCCCUCCUCCUGCAUUGGCCUCCGAAAACCAAUGAAUUUUUGGAUGGGGAAGGUACAGAGUAAGAAUGUUCCAGCCUAUGAUGGAGCAAUUUUUCUGUGCAACCACCUGACCAGGAAGGAGUGCUUCCACAGAAAGCUUUUUGGCCUUUCGUCUAAAUGUACUGAGUUUAUACAUAAAGUGAAAUCUGGCGCGACACUAUUCCUGUAUGAUGUUGAGCAACGUAAGCUUCAUGGGGUGUUUGAAGCAACUUCAGAUGGAGCCAUGAAUAUCAUUCCUGGUGCAUAUGCCUCAUCAGGGUUUCAGUAUCCUUGUCAGAUACGCUUUAAGAGGAUUUGGUUUUGCAAGCCUUUGAUGGAAAGUGAAUUUGAAGAUGCUGUACAGGAUAAUUAUUACUUCGCAAGAAACAAGUUUAAUUACGGUUUGACACAUCAACAGGUUGUAAAGCUUCUUCACUUGUUUUCUUCAAGGAACAGAUUACAGCCUCGUCAAAAUCCAAGGUUACAGUAUGAACCUCCAAGGGAGUCUGAUAUUUCUUCUGUGGUUAACCAAACUGAUAACCAGUCUGGUUCAAAUAGCACUUCACACGGUUCAUUGAAAAGCCCCUGUCAAACAUGUACCUCCUCCAAUGUUGGGGAACAUGCAGCAUCACCGAGUCACAAGUUAUCUGAGCCUAUGUCAUUAAAGCACAGAGAGUUACAACUAGACAUCUCUGAUGUGGCUAAGUCCAACAGCUCAAGAUCUUCCUUGCACACUGCAGCAAAUACAGACGUUGUCACUGAACCUGGCACCCAAGAAGCAGUGGAUGACAAGUUUACUGAUGAUUAUAUACCACUACAGCUGGAGGAUGAUACUUCAGAUGGUGUUGAUACUCUAUUUGAUUUGCUUGGAGAUGAGAGUCACUCUUCAGAAUCUAAAGGCAGUAGUGACUCUGAAGAGAACACAGCUUUCCACCAACCAUGUGUCAGGAAGAAAGAUGAUUGCCAUCAGCCCCCGGCAGAUUCAAAGCUUCGCGCUGACAUUGAAGGGCGAAAAAGCGUGUUUGCUCGGUUAAUGGGAAGACCUGAAUCUUUUGUUCAAAGACAGAAGUUCAAGACCAAACCAUUCCCAUCAAAGAAUGCUAAGUCUUUCAGUUCCCCUAAUCAGAGGAGAAAACGGCGGAGGGCACAGCAGAGCAAGUCCUUUCCAUGUGAUAAUCGUGCAACGUUGGGUAUGCCUUCAGCUCAUAAGAUGAUAAAAGGUCCAGCAUUGGACUAUUCAUUUGUCUGGGACGAUGACAGAAGAUCCAACAAGUUCUCUGGUGGAAAACCAAGCAACAUUCAGAGAGUCCUGUGGGAUGUAUCUACUAAAGAACCUGAUCGAUAUGGUGCAUGCAAAAGGCUGUUUGUUCCUGAAGGUAGUAAAAAUUUGAUCGGGUCCUCUAACAGAGUGUCAAAUAAACCCCCAAUGUUUGCUGAAGUACAUGAGAGCCGCAAAGUCACUGUUGAAGAAAAAACCAGGACCCCUGUCUUGGAUUUUAAGCGGCAUGCUAAGGAUCCAAAUAUUGAAGGAGGAGAUCCAGAUUAUUUGGCCGAUGUUGAGGAAGCAGCAACGAAGAAGACACGGUUAGCAAGUGCAUCUUACCAUGGAGAGGAGGAUGAAAGUGAAACUGCAUUGGUUUCAAAAGACACCAGACCUAUGGACAUGCUGACAGUAUCAGAUGAGAACUGCAAACUCAAUAGCAUCAGUUUGUUAUCUAAUGACACAUGUACUCAGAUGGCUGGAGCUUAUCUCGAAACCGAAGUGCAACUGAAAGAUGAACAGCAAAGGAUCCAAGGCUGCCGUGAAGAUGUUACAGGUGAUACUGAGAACAUGCCGAUAGUAUCAGAUGAGAACUGUAAACUCAAUAGCAUCAGUUUGUCAUCUAAUGAUACCUGUACUCAGAUGGCUGGAGGUUAUCGCGAAACCGAAAUGCAACUGCAAGAUGAACAGCAAAGGAUCGAAGGCUGCUGUGAAGAUGUCACAGGUGAAAAAUCAUUGCUCGGAGAUUCUGGAAAUGCACAGCUGUUUCGCAAGCUCAGUUUUGGUGACAUGCAGAUCAUUGUUGAAACUGGCAGUGAGGUGGGUUUUGGCCAUGUGGACACUGAAACAUCUCUCCAAGAGAAACAAAAGCAAAGUGCUAGGAGCUGCUCUGGAGUGGUUGAUACAGAUACAAGGUUGAUCAUCGAAAAUCCUGAAACCAUGGAAUCCUUGCCCAACCAUGAUCAGGAUGGAACUUUUGAAAUGGUGGCAACUGAUCACCAGGACACCAGUACCCUCCCUCAGUGCAAAGAUGGUGAAGCUACAAACCAACUGACAGGCUCUGAAGAUGAUAAAGAUAGUACCAACAACUUGUCGCCGAACAGCCGUCGAAGCACUUCACCUCCUCGUGAUCUUGAGUUGAGCAAAGAAGAGGAGAUGCGACACCAAAGUUACCGAACAAAACAUGGAGCAGCCCAUGAAAUCUCAGACUCCACGGACUCAUUUGCGAUCUGCGCCGAGGGUUACGGAAGCCAGAUUGGGAUGUCAACUGACAGCACCUCUGUUCAUCUGAUCAUCAACGAACUUGGAACAAACUCAGAGUCCAGGACAAGUUUCUUCGACAGCUCCUGUGACAAAGAAUCAAAUAAACACCCGCUGUUUGCUGAAGUACAUGAGAUCUGCAAAGUCAGUGUUGAAGAAGAAACCAGGACCCCUUUCUUGGACUUUACACGGUGUGCCAAGGAUCCAAAUGUUGAAGGAGGAGAUCCUACUGCCGAUGUUCAGGAAGCAGCAACGAAGAAGAUGCGGUUAGUAAGUGCAUCUUACCAUGGAGAGGAGUAUGAAAGUGAAACUUCAUUGGUUCCAAAAGACACCAAACCUAUGGACAUGCUGACAGUAUCUGAUGAGAACUGUAAACUCAAGAGCAUCAGUCUGUCAUCUAAUGACACCAGUGCUCAGAUGGCUGGAGCUUAUCUUGAAACCGAAGUGCAACUGCACGAUGAACAGAAAAGGAUCCAAAGCUGCAGUGAAGAUGUUACCGGUGAUACAGAGAACAUUCUGACAGUAUCAGAUGAGAACUGUAAACACAAGAGCAUCAGUUUGUCAUCUAAUGACACAUGUACUCAGAUGGCCAGAGCUUAUCUUGAAACCAAAGUGCAGCUGCAAGAUGAACAGCAAAUGAUCCCCGGUUUGUCCUCUCAUGACACCUGUACUCAGAUGGCUGGAGCUUAUCUCGAAACCGAAGUGCAACUGCAAGAUGAACAGCAAAGGAUCCAAGGCAGCUGUGAAGAUGUCACAGGUGAUAAAUCAUCGGUUCUUGGAGAUUCUGGAGAUGCACACCUGUUUCGCAGGCUCAAUUUCGGUGACAUGGAGACCAUUGUUGAAACUGGCAGUGAGGUGGGUUUUGGCCAUGUGGACACUGAAACAUCCCUCCGAGAGAAACAAAACCAAAGUUCUAGGAGCUGCUAUGGAGUGGUUGAUGCAGAUACAACGUUGAUCCUCGAAAAUCCUGAAACCAUGGAAUCCUUGCCCAGCCAUGAUGAGGAUGGAACUUUGGAAAUGGUGGCUACUGAUCAUCAGGACACCGGCACCCUCCCUCAGGGCAAAGAUGGUGAAGCUACGGACCCAUUGACAGGCUCUGAAGAUGAUGAAAAUACUACUUCCAACGCCCUGUCCCCGAACAGACGUCGAAGCAGUUCACCUCCUGGUGAUGUUGAGUUGAGCAAAGCAGAGGAGAUGCGAUACCAAAGUUACCAAGCCAAACAUAUAGCAGCUGCCCAUGAAAUGUCAGACUCGACGGACUCAUUUGUGGUCUGCGCCGAGGGUUACGGAAGCAAGAUUGGUAUGUCAACUAACAGCACCUCUGUUCAUCUGGUCAUCAACGAACUUGGAACAAACUCGGAGUCCAGGACAAGUUUCUUCGACAUCUCUUGUGACAGAGAAUCAAAUAAACCCCUCUUUGCUGAAGUACAUGAGAGCUGCAAAGUCACUGUUAAAGAACAAAUCAGUACCCCUUGCUUGGACUUUAAGCGGCGUGCUAAGGAUCCAAAUGUUGAAGGAGGAGCGGAUUAUACUGCCGAUGUUCAGGAAGCAGCAAGGAAGAAGACGCGGUUAGCAAGUGCGUCUUACCAUGGAGAGGAGUAUGAAAGUGAAACUGCAUUGGUUCCAAACGACACCAAACCUAUGGACAUGCUGACAGUAUCAGAUGAGAACUGUAAAUUCAAGAGCGUCAGUUUGUCAUCUAAUGACAGAUGUACUCAGCUGGCUGGAGCUUAUCUUGAAACCAAAGUGCAGCUGCAAGAUGAACAGCAAAGGAUCCAAGGCUGCUGUGAAGAUGUUGCUGGCAAUACCGAGAAUAUGCUGAAAGUAUCAGAUGAGAACUGUAAACUCAAUAGCAUCUGUUUGAUAUCUAAUGACACAUGUACUGUGAUGCCUGGAGCUUAUCUCGAAACAGAAGUGCAACCGCAAGAUGAGCAGCAAAGGAUCCAUGGCUGCUGCGAAGAUGUCACAGGUGAUAAAUCAUCGAUUCUCGGGGAUUCUGGAAAUGCAAACCUGUUUCGCAGGCUCAGUUUCAGUGGCAUGCAGACCAUUGUUGAAACUGGCAGAGAGGUGGGUAUCGGCCAUGUGGACACUGAAACAACCGUCCAAGAAAAGCAAAACCAAAGUGCUAGGAGCUGCCCUGGAGGGGUCAAUGCAGAUAAAAUGUUGAUCGUCGAAAACCCUGAUACCAUGGAAUCAUCGCCCAACCAUGAUGAGGAUGGAACUUUGGAAAUGGUGGCCACUGAUCAUCAGGACACAAGUAGCCUCAUGAUCCUUGGAAUCCGUCAGGGCAAAGAUGGUGAAGCUGCAAACCCACUGACAGGUUCUGAAGAUGAUGAUGAAGGUGCUACCAGCAACACCACUUCGCCAGACAGACGUCGAAGCUCUUCACCUGCUCAUGAUGUUGAGUUGAGCAAAGCAGAGGAGACGCGAUGCCAAAGUCACCAAACCAAAAAUGUGGCAGCUGCUCAUGAAAUGUCGGACUCCACGGACUCAUUUGCGGUCCGCGCUGAUGGCAACGACGGAAGCAAGAUUGCGGCAUCAACUGACAGCACCUCUGUUCAUGUGGUCGUCAACGACCUCCUUGGCACAAACUCGGAGUCCAGGACGGGCUUCUUCGACGGCUCCUCGAGCGAGCCUGCCGAGAUGAUCAUACUCUCGCAUGACCCCGGCGUGGACAUGGAACCUCACUGA